AUGCUCCCCACUGACCCCGUGCCCCGUAUCCCACCUGCCCCAGCGAGGUACUUUGACACAAAGACAACGGAACCCAUCAGCUUCUUCUUGUCCGGCCUGGAGGAGCUGCUGGCCUGGCAGCCCGACAGCAACGAUGAGUUCAACAUCUCCACUGUGCCGCUGGCCAAGCGCCAGCCCCCGCUGCACAGCAAGAGGCCCCGGACCCUGGUGUGCCAUGACAUGCGUGGCGGGUACCUGGAGGACAGGUUCAUCCAGGGCACAACCACACGCAACCCCUAUGUCUUCUACCACUGGCGGUACAUCGACAUCUUCGUCUACUUCAGCCACCACACUGUCACCAUCCCGCCUGUGUGCUGGACCAACGCGGCGCACAGGAACGGUGUCGCUGUGCUGGGCACAUUCAUCACGGAGUGGACAGAUGGAGAGAAGCUGUGCGAGGCAUUCCGGGCUGGUGGGGAGGAGGCAUACGGCGCUGUGAGCCGGCAGCUGGCCCGCAUCGCCCAGCACUACCGCUUUGAUGGCUGGCUGAUCAACAUAGAGAACACGCUGAGUGCAGCAGCAGUGCGGAACCUGCCCCCCUUCCUGCAGCACCUGACAGCGCAGGUGCACAGCGCUGUGCCAGGGGGGCUGGUGAUCUGGUAUGACAGUGUUCUGGAGAAUGGCAUGCUGAAAUGGCAGAAUGAGCUGAAUGAGCAGAAUAGAGUGUUCUUUGACGCUUGCGAUGGGCUGUUCACCAACUACAACUGGAAGGAGGAGCACCUGGAGCGCACGCGCGAGCUGGCGGGGCCUCGCCGCACCGACGUCUACGUUGGCAUUGACCUCUUUGCCCGUGGGGAUGUGAUCGGUGGUGGCUUCAACACUGACAAGUCCCUGCUCCUGAUCCGCCAGCACGGGCUCUCAGCAGCCAUCUUCGCUCCUGGCUGGGUCUACGAGCAUCUGGGGGAGGAAAACUUCCUGCACAACGAGAACAAGUUCUGGGGAUCGCUGGCUGAGUACCUGCCCACACACAGCAUCUGCACCCUGCCCCUCGCCACCUCCUUCAGCCUGGGCAUGGGCACCAGCAGGUUCCUGGAUGGGAAGGAGGAAGAGGCUGGGCCCUGGUACAACCUGAGUGCACAGGAGAUCCAGCCCUUCUACCCGGAGCAUGAGGGCAGACUGACCACCAGCUGCUGCCUGCAGGAUGCCUGGUGUGGGGGAAGCUCCCUGAAGGUGCAGGGGACCAUCCCCCCUGGCGAGGAGUAUGUGACCAUCCGCCUUUUCUCUUUGCAGAUGCUGGCGCCCCCCAAGCUCUACCUGACCCUGCUCUACAAGCUGGAGGGGCCGCACCCUGAUGAGCUCACAGUUGCACUUGAGCUCACCACAUGGGACUCGGGCACCUGCAACGAGAGCAACAUCACGUCCCUACCUGGUGAGGAACCUGUCACGCUCCAUGCCCUCUGCAGUGAGCACCCACUGCGGGGCACAGGACCCCCUGACCCCACUCCCUCCACAGAGCCCAAUGGCCGGUGCUAUGAACUGGACCUGCAGGACUGCAGCCUGCGAGACCUCUCCCUGCUUGUGUCCCGCCACCAGCCCAGCCCACAGGAGACAACCUUCACCUGCCUCCUCGGCGAGGUCCGGGUAAGUGUGUGCCGCUGGGAGCAGCUCCGGGCUGCCGCGUGCCGGGAAGGAUAG